GACUUCGCGGGACCUAUGUUUCGACACAAAAACGACGUGGACCAUGCGUGAUUAACAAAAAAAAGAUAAAUAAAAGGUAUUUGAGAUUGUAAGGGCCAGUUAUUUCUCAAGGCUUUUUUAUCACUGUCAAAAUGAGGAGGAGUAUUUUGAUAACGUCGAUUCUGAUCAUCCUUAUUUCGCAGUACAAACUAGUCAAGUGUAAAAAAAUGAAUCUGGACGAAUUGAGGGAUAUGUUGCGGCCCAUGAGCAAAUCGUGCAAAAGCAAAACGGGAGUUUCCGAUGAAAUGGUCGCGGCUACUCAUCAAGGAAUUUUUCCCAGAGAAAAACCGCUCAUGUGUUACUUCAAGUGUCUCUCGGUCAUGUUGAAAGUCAUGAACAAACAAGGUGAAAUUAAGCCGAAAGAUGUCGAACGACAAAUCGACCUUUUGGUGAUUCCCGAGCUUGCGCCGACUCUUAAAAAGAUCGGAACCGACUGUUACAAUAAAGUCGCACCAACUAAUGACGCUUGUGCCUACGCUUUCGAAAUUGUAAUGUGCGGUUAUCAGACGGAUCCAAAGUAUUACUUUUUACCAUAAAAUCAAGAUGAUCAUCUACAGCAUGAACGAAAAUGACAGGGUUCGAAAUUUUAUAAGAAUAUGAUCGUAUGCUCAACAUUAUCAGCUAUACGAAGAUUUUUUAAACGCCGUUAUUAAUAUUUAUUGUUGUUUUUUCAAAUCCAUUAAUAUUUGAUUGUAAAAUAAAUGAUUGAUUCGUGUGAAGGGUUAGAUUUUAAGUUUAACAUACUUAAAAAGUCUGAAGCAACAAUGUAUAGAUAGAUCAUAAGUUUGUAUUAAUGGAAAUAAGAAAAAGCGCGUCUCUUGCAAGAGAAGCGAUGCGUUCGCGUUAGUAUAAUGUCAAUUUUUUCCUUAUUUUCAAACUCUAACUGUAACCAAAAUAUCCCCCUCGAUGUCAUGACAUUAAAUUUUUUGUAAUAUA